GGGAAAAAACAAUUAUUUGUUAAAUAUAUAUUUGACAAUUUAACAGCACAUUUGUUGUUUUGUCGCGACGUCGUGUCACAAGCGUGACGCGGACUGAUGAUGUCAUCACCGUCCCUUGUUGAAUGUUUGGCGAGUCGAGUCGAACACCAGGAAGCGAGAUGAGCUAAUUGCUACGAGCCGCCCGCUGCCGUUGCUUUGUUCGACGCCAUGAAAUCGCACCGACUGAACCCAACGGUGGUAGCUUGACAGCACGACGCGAUUCUAACUUUAAAUUUCGACGGCUAGCCAAACGCUACGUUGCCACUUGCGACUGGACGGCUGUCGGUGCCAGCCGCUUCGUCCAUCGUUUUGGCUCGUAGCCUAGCUUCUCUUUUCUCUCUGCGGGAAUAUGGCCGUGGCGCACCGAGCUGGCGUCGUGGUCGGAUUACUGCUCCUCUUUUUUCUGGAUGGCUCCAGGGCAAGGAUACACAAACUCACCCUGAAGAAUGAAACGCGCUUUUUUGUCCACCUCAACACUUUUGGCUUUUAUGCUAACGGCACCCUGGAUGUGAACCUGCGCUCUCUGCGCCUCCCACAACAGCUGGUCAACUACAGCGGAUACCCAGUCGGGUUUAGCCUCUCAAGGUCCCGUGUGAGUGGAGUCUUGUCUUACACAGCCGAAGAGACUGAGACAUGCCCUCUCACACUCACUAAAACCACCAACAAUGAACCGCUCAUCCUUUUUCUCAUUAACAUCAGCAGCCCCAGCGUCAACGUCCGUGUCCUCGGCGAUCAAGACAGCAUAUUAACUGGCAAACCGAAGGCCAGUGUGCAGAUCAAAGAGAGAGGUCAGAGGUCAAGCAGGGAGGCUCCCGCUGAGAUUCCAGCUAAGCCGGCGGAGCCGGCAAAAGACGACGAUACGACGUCGGACAAAACGGCAGAUGAGGCAAAGGCGAAAACAAAUGUAGAGCCCGUAGAUGAGACGAAGAAAGAGAAGACGGUGGAAAAUACACUCACUGAAUUCCAGUUGGCGUCCACCAAACAGCUGGCGCUCGCUUUGGAAAAGGUUAAUGACACCUACGCAUUCAACUUCCACCUGCUUCUGGGCCUGCUGGCCGAGGGCCUGUACAACUUCAACUUCUACUACUGUCAGAACAUGGUGCCUGGCAUCGACCUGCCGUACUCCUUCACCCUGGAGGUGACCGAGAAAAAUCCCGGAGGCUUCUUGUCGGCGGCCGAAAUCCCGCUCUCCCGCCUCUACAUCGGCAUGGCCGGAGUUUUCUUCACUGCCGCCAUGGUGUGGGUGUACACCCUGAUGAAGCACAGGUACAGCGUGUUUAAGAUCCACUGGUUGAUGACGGCGCUGGCCUUCACCAAGUCCACCUCGCUGGUGUUCCACAGCAUCAACUAUCACUUCAUCAACACCGAGGGGCAUCCCAUCGAGGGCUGGGCUGUCAUGUAUUACAUCACUCACCUGCUCAAGGGGGCACUGCUGUUCAUCACGCUGGCACUGAUUGGCACCGGCUGGGCCUUUGUCAAGUACAUCCUGUCUGAUAAGGAGAAGAAGAUCUUCAUGAUCGUCAUCCCCCUGCAGUGCCUGGCCAACGUGGCCUACAUCAUCAUCGAGUCCACGGAGGAAGGGUCCAGCGAGUACCCGCUGUGGAAGGAGAUCCUCUUCCUGGUCGACCUCAUCUGCUGCGGUGCCAUCCUGUUCCCUGUCGUCUGGUCCAUCCGUCACCUCCAAGAGGCUUCGAGCACGGACGGAAAAGCUGCCAUGAAUUUGGAGAAGCUCAAGCUCUUCCGCCACUACUACGUCAUGAUCGUGUGUUACAUCUACUUCACGAGGAUCAUCGCCAUCCUGCUGAAGGUCACCAUGCCCUUCCAGUGGCAGUGGUGCUACGAGUUCCUGGUGGAGGUAUCCACUCUGAUCUUCUUCGUGUUGACGGGCUACAAAUUCCGGCCCGCCUCCAACAAUCCGUACCUCCAGCUGCCCCAGGACGAAGAAGACGAAGAGAUGGAUGAAAUAGUGACUGAGUCGGGCGCCCUGGAGGGCAUUUCCAAAGUCAAGAAGACGUCUAACGGACGCGAGCGGCAGAAGGAGGCCACCUUGUGAGCCGAGGGAGAGGCGGGGCUUCAUUUGGGGAGGAGCGUCACGUGACCGGCUGGCACAGAGUGGCACGCACACACAAAGGACCAAGGCUUCUUCACAGCCUCCCCAUUUUCCGGAUGCUCCUUCCCACUGCCUGGCUAUGCAAACAGACUUUGUGUCAGUGGACAGACGGACGGACGAGAGGCCUGACCUCGUUCUCUCCAAAGACAUUUUUUUUUUUUUUUUUUUUUUCUUUUCUGGUGUGUAUGUGUGUGUCUAUUUAACUUGGUACUUGUGCAUCAGCCUUCCUCCAUUGUGCGUGUGCAGGUCGUGAGAACACAAGAAGCCUCCCUCACAUGCUCAGGUUCCCCCUUCUUCCCCGGCCACUCGCAGCAUUCGGAGCUCACUGAUUGGUCGAAUCCACCGUGUUAAAUUUCGAACGUUUGAGGUUGAAUAUGACGGUAGAUUUGCUUAUUGGUCGGGGUCAGUAUUAUGUUGUCAAGGUGAGCCCAGAUUAUUGAUCAGAGACCCAACCGCCUUUUUUGUCUCCAUUUGGUGCCACUCUGAAAUGUGACCAGAUCAUUGCUUCUCUGCUUUUGUUUUUUUAGCCUACUACUCUGGAUAUGAUGCCUAUUUUAUUGAUAAUUAUUGAUUGAAGUUCUUGGUAUUGAAAGGUGUGUGUAGUGAGUGCAUAAAUAAUGUGAGACACCGUUGGAGAGCCCUCCAAAAGAAACGCGUUUACUUUCAGUUACUUUGAAAUAGUCUGAGCGCAAGUCAGGACGACUGUUGGACAUGAGCAAACACUCACAGUUUUGUGCACGUGUGUAAGGACUCAAUUGUUGAUGACAUGGAUAAGCCUUUACUGAAGUUUUAUUUUUUUUCAUGUUAUGUGACCUGUUAAUAAUAAAGCUGGUGUUCUGGGCA